AUGUCCAGCUCGACCACAGCUCCGGACCCGGCGGCGAGAGGGACGCCGACGGGCAACGACACGGAUCUAGUACCCUUCCCUGGCAUCCCCAUCUCCGAACGGGCUGCCUACCUCUCCCAAGUUUACAUUGGCGUGACUUCGGCGCUGAUGUUCCUCUGUGUCAUCGCCUUCGGAACCCGCAUCUACCAGAGAAUUAGGCCGGUAUGGAAGGUUGGAUUAGACGACUACUUCAUAGCAGCCGGUUUUAUCCUCACCAUCGCCGACUGGGCAAUGCUCUUCCCCAUGAUGGUCCCGCCGCACCCGGGGCUCAUCCCCCUGUCCCAAUCCACCGAAGCAGGCAAAAGCUCCUGGCUCGCCAUCGCCGUCUGGGGUCUGUCCAUGACAUGCAUCAAAAUCUCCAUCGCCCUGACCUUACUCCGCAUCCAAGGCAAGGAGCGCGGCUGGCGCAUCUUCCUCUACACCCUCAUGGCCGUGCAGGCCGUCUACGGCGUCGGCAACACCCUGUUCAACCUCGUCAUCGCCUGCCGCCCGCUCCAGGCGGCCUGGAACCCGUUCCUUCCCGGGGCGACGUGUGUCUCGGUCGAGGUGAUGAGGACCGUCUCCAACGUGGGCAGUGCCGUCAAUAUCACGACGGAUGUGCUGCUGUCGCUGGCGCCUGCGACGUUUUUGAGGAAGCUGAACCGGCCGCUGCGGGAGAGGGUGUUUGUGUGUGUCUUGAUGGGCAUGGGUUUGUUUGCUAGCGUGUCGAGUAUUGUCAAGACGGUGAUUGUCCAAGGCUGGGGUGACCCUACGAUGUCGCUGGAUGACUGGUGGGCGGUGGGCGUGUCGAUCUGUACCUGGACGGUGCUGGAGCAGGUGCUCAGUGUGCUGGCGGCGUGCGUGCCGGCCAUGAAGGGGAUUUUCCAGAAGUGCUUGGGUGCGAUGGGGUUCCACUUGACUCAGAAUAAGUCGCAGCAGCGGUCGGGGUAUUAUGUUCGUGAUGGCGGAACGGGGGCAGGCAUCAGCAGGACUGGUUCCGAACCAACGGCGGCGUGGAGGAGUCAGGUGCAGGCCUUCCGUGAUGACCAGCGGUUUUCCCGCCAAGGGAAGGCGAUGUAUGGCGAUGAGGUGUGCAUCGACUUGCAGCUUAUCAGCAGGGAACCCUCGACAAAGUCUUCGGGGGGUCGGUCGUUGGACCAUGAGCGUAGCGAUACAGGGGGGUUGUCCAUCGAACAGUUACCCACGCAUGCCGUGUAG